UAUUUUACGUAUUAAACUCUUCACUUGUUUCUCGUUCUAGAGAGAGAGAGAGAGAGAGAGAGAAAGGGGAAGUGAUCGAGUAGAGAAAGAGAGACAGCUCGGAGGUAGCCGAGCUCCUCUAAUGGCGAAAUCGAAGACGAAGCAUCUCUCGUACAUCUCCGUCCCCUCUCAGAUCAUCCCCGCGCUCUCCUACUCCACCCUCCAAUCGCUCGUCGUCUCCCCUAAGAAGCUCUCCUCCUCCUCCGCCUCCUCCCGAUUUCGGAUCAAUCGCAUCGUCUCCUCGAGCCCUAGGAUCCUCCUCCUUCUUCUAGCCCUAGCUUUCCUCGGAACCCUCCGCCUCGGGCUCCGCCUCGGCCCGGUAAUCCCCUUCUCCCCCAUCCCCUGCGCCCAGGUCGGCGUGCGAUCGUCGUCGUCCUCGUUUCCGGCGUUGUCGCGGUCUUCGUCGUCGUCCUCGUCUCCGGCGGCGGAGGGGGAGUUUUGGAGGCAACCGGAUGGGAUGGGGUACCGGCCGUGCCUGAGCUUCAGCGAGGAGUACCGGGGGGAGCCGCCGGAGGGUCGCCGGAAGUACCUGCUGGUCGUCGUCGCCGGCGGGCUCAACCAGCAGCGCAACCAGAUCGUCGACGCCGUCGUCAUCGCCCGCAUCCUCGGCGCCGCCCUCGUCGUCCCCAUCCUCCAAGUUAACGUCGUCUGGGGCGACGAGAGUGAGUUCUCGGACAUUUUCGACAUGGAGCACUUCAAGAAGGUGCUCGCCGACGACGUUCGCGUGGUGUCGUCGCUCCCGUCGACGCAUGUAAUGACGCGCCCGGUGGUGGAGAAGCGGACUCCUCUCCACGUCUCGCCGCGUUGGAUUCGUGCGAGGUACCUCAAAAAGCUUAAUAAAGAAGGGGUUCUACUUUUGCGAGGACUAGAUUCCAGGCUGUCAAAAGACCUCCCGCCCGACCUCCAAAAGCUUCGGUGCAAAGUUGCGUUUCAAGCAUUGAAGUUCGCGGCGCCGAUAGCGGAGAUGGGGAACAAGCUAGCUAUGAGAAUGCGAAGCAAGGGGCCAUACCUCGCCCUGCACCUGAGAAUGGAGAAGGACGUGUGGGUGAGAACGGGGUGUCUCCCCGGGCUUAGCACUGAGUCCGAUAGGAUCAUCCAAGAAGAGAGGACGCUCCGGCCGGAGCUGCUCACCGGGCGGUCGAACAUGAGCUACCAUGACCGCAAACUCGCCGGGCUCUGCCCAUUGAACACCUUAGAGGUCGCUAGGCUGCUUAAAGCACUAGAAGCCCCAAGAAACACAAGAAUAUACUGGGCAGGCGGCGAGCCAUUCGGCGGCCCGGCCGCGUUGGAGCCGCUAACCCGAGAAUUCCCCCAUUUCUACAGCAAGGAGAACAUCUCCCUCCCCGGCGAGCUCGACCGCUUUGCCAACAAGUCCUCCCUCAUGGCCGCGAUCGACUACAUCGUGUGCGAGCAGAGCGACGUGUUCAUGCCGUCCCACGGCGGCAACAUGGGCCACCUGAUGCAGGGCCACCGCGCCUUCGCGGGCCACAAGAAGUUCAUCACCCCGAACAAGCGCCAGAUGCUCCCUUACUUUCUCGACGCCUCGCUCCCUGAAUCCGAGUUCAACCGCGUGGUGAAGGCACUGCACCAGGGCUCUGUAGGGGGGCCCGAGUACCGCACCGACAAGGUCGGCAAGGACGUUACGGCGUACCCGGUGCCUGAGUGCAUGUGCAACGGCACGGCCGCUGCAUCAGCGUUGUGACAAAAACGGUGCAUGGAUUUUGUGAAGGACAGCAGCAAGCAACGCACCGGUUGUUAAUGGGGGACCGACGAGAUUGGUGGAGAGAGAAAGAGAGCACGUAAUUAUGGUGAGUAAAUUACUG